UCGAUACCACUGUUGGUGGAUGGAAAAGUGCACCAGAAUCAGUUCGUCGUCGCGGAACAAGUGCAAAAGAGUGGAAGAAAAUUCACAAAGUGAAACCCUCUCUGGUGGAAAAGGAGCCCCACAGGCUGUAGGUGCCCCCACAGAGAGCCCCCGUGGGACAUUUUUCACGCCACGGACACGAAUUGUGUGCUGUAGAGGGUUUUUUCCGUGACGAAGAACCUGGGAUUGUGAGUGAAAAGUUCUGGUGCGGUGGUGAAAAAAAAGUUGGUGGAAGAAGAAAAGUCUUUUUUCCGAGACAGUGAAAAAGCGCUUUGAGAAAUUUGGCAGUGGAAAAGUGUUCGUGGGGCUCUAUGGGUAGUGCUGUGUGUAGCCCCAAAAGGGGCUGCAACUUUUCUGGGUGAAUGAAAAAAAUGUCUCCCCCACCCCUGUAUUUUUGCACCCAACCUGGGGGCGAAAAAUCCACGGAAAAGCUGCAAAGGAACCUCUCUGGGUGCAGUAGUGGGAGAAAAUAAAUCACAAGCCAGUGUGUAGGAAGUGAAAAAGAGGAGAAAAGUGUUGAGGAAAAUCACGAGAAAAUCGUGAGAAAACACUCAAAUAGAUAAAUUAGAGAGCAACGUGUGGAUAUUCGGGAGAUAAUGCCGCUAGAAAGUCUGACUUCACUUGCUAAAUAAACCGCGGAUUUUCCGCGGUGUAUUAUGUCUCGAGAAGCCUACACUUCAGCACCGGCCAUCAGUUCUGGCGCACGAAGUCCUGGCCGUUCAGCCCGCCGCAUCACCGAACUCCCGACAGUUGAUCGUUCACCGUCACGGGAAUACGGCACGAGAGGAAGUCCAAUAGGACGAAACUUACGCUUUUCACGUUCCGGCAAUUCCUACCUCCCAAUGAAUUACGGUCCCGAAUCUUCCACUUAUCACCACAAUUCCGUUGCAGCAAUGGGCAGCCCAUACUACCGCGAUAUGGAUGAGCCCACAAGUCCGGCUGGCGGUGGGCACCAUCGCAGCAGAAGUGCCAGCCGGCCGCCUAUUUCGCACGCCAUGGAUUACACCCGCACGCGCUAUCAAUCCCUGGACAGGGGAGGACUCGUCGAUCCGCAUGAUCGUGAAUUCAUCCCCAUCCGUGAGCCACGCGAUCGUUCGCGUGAUCGCAGCCUCGAGCGCGGACUCUACCUCGAGGAUGAGUUGUAUGGGCGAUCGGCAAGACAAAGUCCGGGCAUAUUGAAUCUCACGAGCGAUCGCUCCUACAUUGGGGAUCUACAGCACCAAAAUACGGACUUGCAGCGUGAAUUGGGGCAACUAAAGCGUGAGCUGGAUCUGACGAAUCAGAAACUCGGCAGCUCAAUGCACAGCAUCAAGACAUUCUGGUCGCCGGAAUUGAAGAAGGAGCGCGCACUACGGAAGGAGGAGAGUGCUAAAUAUAGUCUCAUAAAUGAUCAAUUGAAGUUACUCAACAAUGAGAAUCAGAAACAAGCAAUGCUGGUGCGACAGCUGGAGGAGGAACUUCGGAUGCGAAUGCGACAGCCUAGUAUUGAGAUGCAGAAUCAAAUGGAGCAACUUUAUGCGGAAAAUGAGCAUCUCACGAGAGAAAUUGCCAUCCUCAGAGACACUAUUAAGGAACUCGAAUUGCGAAUUGAAACCCAGAAACAGACACUCCAAGCACGAGAUGAGAGCAUCAAAAAAUUGUUGGAGAUGCUUCAAAGCAAGGGUAUGGCAGGAAAAGAGGAGGAGCGUCAAAUGUUCCAGCAAAUGCAGGCGAUGGCACAGAAACAGCUCGACGAAUUCCGACUCGAAAUACAGCGUCGUGAUCAAGAAAUAAUGGCAAUGGCGGCAAAAAUGAAGACGCUGGAGGAGCAACAUCAGGACUAUCAGCGUCACAUUGCUGUCCUCAAGGAGUCUCUCUGUGCCAAAGAAGAACACUAUAAUAUGCUACAAGCGGAUGUUGAAGAACUUCGUGCUCGUUUAGAAGAAAAAAAUCGUUUAAUCGAGAAAAAAACUCAAAACGCUUUACAGGCUGUUCAGGAACGUAAUCGAUCGACAAAUGAACUGGCCGAGCUCAAGGAUCACAUGGAUAUUAAGGACAGAAAAAUCAAUGUCCUCCAGCGAAAGAUUGAAAAUCUCGAGGAUUUACUGAAAGAAAAAGAUAAUCAAGUAGAUAUGGCGAGAGCCAGACUAUCAGCAAUGCAAGCUCACCAUUGCAGCUCCGAAGGCGCCCUGACAAGCCUCGAAGAGGCAAUUGGUGACAAAGAGAAACAGAUGCAGCAGCUUCGCGAUCAACGCGAUCGUGCUGAGCAAGAAAAGCACGAGGAGCGUGAAUUGCACGAACGCGAAAUAGCUGAGUACAAAAUGAAGAUGCACACGUUGGAAAGUGAUGUGGAUAAAUUGAAUAUGCGCUUAGAUCGUGCCCUUACGGAGAAGGAACGUCUCGAGGCACGUCUUGAGAAUUCCCAGAGUGAACUUGGAAAAUCCAAAGCGGAACUCGAUAAGGCUACAAGUGAGUAUGGUGCUUAUGGCCAGGUGGGACGCAGUGGAACUGAAUGGGAGACGACGAGGCAAAGAUUGCAACGUCUCGAGUUGGAGAAUGAGCGUCUCCGACACGAUUUGGAACGAUCCCAGUUCCCAUUGCAGACAACGUUCGGCCGUAACACCCUCUCGACAUCCCAGGAACUUGAUCGGGCACAGGAGAGGGCAGAUAAGACUUCAGCUGAACUCAGGCGAACCCAAGCUGAACUACGUGUCACUCAGGACGAGCCAAUACAAAAUUUUUCCGAUGCAGAGAGAGCACGUGCCGAAGCAGCAGCACUCCAGGAGAAGUUGGAGAAGAGUCAGGGCGAGGUGUAUAGGCUGAAGGCGAAGCUUGAGAAUGCUCAGGGUGAGCAUGAGAGUCUCCGGCAGGAGAUUGAACGUUCACACGGUGGGGUGCAGCGUAUUCAUGGGGAACGUGACAAGGCCCUGUUGGAGCUUGAGAAAUGCCGCGAAGAACUCGAACGUACGCAGGCAACGCUCGGCAAGGCACAGCUGCAGCAGGAUAAGCUGCAAAAUGCCCUGGAUAAGGCACAGAAUGAAGUGGAUCAUCUACAGGAGCGCCUGGAUAAGCAGGUAGCUGAAUCGAGACGGUUGCAGCUGGAGAAGGAGAAGCAAGCGUAUGACUUUGAGAAUUUGCAAUCACAACUCGAUAAGGCUCUCGGGCAGGCGUCGAGGAUUCAGAAGGAGCGCGAAACCAUUCAACUCGAUGCUGAACGCUUCAAGGAUAAGACUGAGAAGAUUCAGCUAACCAUGGCGCGAUUGCAGAAGGAACGAGACACCCUGUUUGAGGAGGCUGAAAAGAACAAGGAACGCGCAGAGACAACACAGAGUCUCCUGCUGAAGGCACAACGCGACAAGGAGCAAAUUCAGACGGAAUUGGAUGUUGUGAAGGAGCGCUGGGAGAAGGCACACAGUGUCCAUCAGAAGCUUCAGAUGGAACGCGAUGAUUCGUAUGCCGAAAUUGAGAUUCUCAAGGAAAAACUCGACAAAGCCCUGUAUGCCAGUCAGAAGUUGAUUGAUGAGAAGGACAACUCCACCAAGGAGUUUGAGAAGAUGCUUGAAAAGUAUGAUAGAGCACAAAAUGAAAUCUAUAGACUCCAAUCGCGAUGUGAUACGGCCGAAGCGGAUCGGGGGCGUCUCGAAAUGGAGGCAGAACGAUCAGCAUUGGCCGCCACGAAAGCACGAGAUGACUUGAGGAAGCUUCAGGAAGAAACUACGAGACUGCAAGAGGCAUGCGAUCGUGCAGCAAUGCAGCUAACAAGAACCAAAGAAAUGGAGGAUAAGGCUCGCGAGGAGUCUGACAUGACGAGAGAACGCAUGGAUAAGGUACAGACGGAUUUGAGACGCACACUGGCUGAGAAGGAGCACCUCCAGGCUGAAGUUGAGCGAUUGACCUAUGAAUUGGAUAGAGCACACAACUCCUACACAAAACACACUGCCGCAUUGGAUUCCGCACAAGAGGAGGCUGCCCGAUUCAGUUUGGAGCUUGAGAAGAUGAGGGAUAGAUACGAGAAGAGCCAAUCCGAGGUGAGACGCCUUCAGGAGCUUGAAACGUACUCACGUGAGUCACGUCGUUCAAAGGAAGAAAAUGAACGUCUGCGUGAUAAGUUGGAUAAGGCAAUGAAGGAGUUAGAGACAAUUCGUGGGAAGUCUCAGUAUGAAGAGGAAACCUUCCAGAAGAUCCGUGAAAAGUUGGAGCAAAGAGAGAAUGAGACGCAAAUUGUUGAAGCGAAACUCCAUGAAGCCACCCUUCAGCUGGAGCUUUCGAAGCAGGAACUAGCUAAGCAUAUUGCUAAUCAGGAUAAGCAGCGAAGUGAGCUGGAACGGGCGCACAUUGAGUGCGAGAAGAUUCGUGAUAAGCACGAUAAGUUGAUUAAGGAAGUUGAACGUAUGCGAACCAAUCCUAAUGCCGUUUCCCCAUCAAUGAUUCCCGCACUGACGGCUACGGAUAAGGGAGAGGUUGAUCGGCUACGUGAUCGCCUCGAGAAGGCUCUCCAGAGUCGCGAUGCAACGGAAAUGGAAGCUGGACGUUUGGCAAAGGAGCUGGAGAAGGCACAGAUGCAUCUGGCGAAGCAGCAAGAAGCUGCUGAAUCGACACGAAUUGAAUUUGAGCGAAUGUCCGCGGAAUUGGGACGUGUCCAUGAGCGCCUUGAGCGUGCUGAAGCCGAAAAGGAGGCACUCAGGCAGUCAGCUACGAUGUUUGAGAAGCGCAACAUGCAAGCAAAUCAGAUUGAGAAGAAUAUCAUGAAGAUGGAGGCUGAUGCGAAGCAACUAACCGUGGAACGGGACCAAUUGGUGAUGCAGCUGGAGAAGAGUCAGGAUAUGCUGAUGAACUUCCAGCAGGAACUCAAUGCCACGGAGCAAGAGCUGCAGCGGCAGCGUGAGGAGAAUCGACGCCUUGUGGGUGCUAUGAAGGGACAACCACCGAGUUCGAAGGAGAUUCAGGCACUUCAGCAGGAGAUUGCAAUUCUCAAGCAGCGCCUCCAGGAAACUGGCGCUCGUGGGGACAAUGAGAUGGAACAGUGGAGGAAGGUUGUGGAGCAAGAAAAGAUUCGUGCUGAUGAGGCUGAGAAGAUUGCAACGGAACUCCACAAGAGAGUUCAGAUGCUGGAAAAGCAGUUGCAGCAGCAACUCAAUCAAAUGGCCAAUCUGCAGAAGCAGCAACCACAACAGCAAAACGCACAAGUUUCGCAUCAAGAAGUGGAGCAGAUGCGAAAAGAACUCCAAACGGCAACAGUGGAGAGAGAUCGCUUCCAGGCUCAACUGGAGAUGCUUGUCCAGGAAUUGGAGAAGAGCCAGGUUACAAGUUCUCAAACUCUUUUGGAUUUGCACGAGGCAAACAAGAAGUUGCAGUCAAUGCAGCAGAACAAUGUCCAGAAGGGCGCCGCCGUGGAUGAGGGACAACGGAAGCAAAUGGAGGCUCAGGCACGACAGAUUGAGGAGACAAAGAAGCAGAUUGAGGCUCAGGUGAAGACUAUUGAGAAUGAGCGACGUCUCCUUGAGGAGCAACGCAAAACGGUUGAGAGUAAGCGCAAAGAAGUGGAGGAGAAGGAGAAGAACUUGGCUGAAUUCGAUAGGCAGCUGAAGAAGCGCAAAGAGCAGAUGGAUCAGCUGGAGAAAUCACUACAGAAGCAAGGUGGAACUGCGGCAGCAGCUGGGGAGCUAAAUAAGAAGUUAACAGAAACCCAACGACAAUUGGACGCAAUCACCAAGCAAUUUGAGGAGGCAAAGGAGGAAGCCAAGAGAGCUGCCACGGAGACAGAGCGUCUCCUGCAGUUGGUGGCGAUGAGCCAAGAAGAACAGAAUGCCAAGGAAAAGACCAUCAUGGAGCUACAGCAAGCACUGAAGAACGCCCAAGCCAAGAGCCACCACGCACAGCAGCAACUCGAGGAGCAACGAAAGAAGGAAGAGAGUUCGCUGCUGAAUGUGGUUUUUGGGAAAUUCGAGAGGCUUCUCCGGGAAUACGUUCGUGAGGAUGAUGACGAAGAGAUUCCGGGUGGAUUUGAGCGGGAGGAGGAUCAUGGGGGUCUCUGUGAUGAUCAAGUGACCAUCGAGCGGCACUUUGGUCAACUGGAGAGAUGUCUUCGGGACACAAAGGACCAGGGAUAUCGUAUUAAGGAACUAGAGGAUGCCCUGAGGCAGAGUGUGCUGAUUGUUAGCGAGAGGGAGAAGGAUUUUAUCUCUCUCGAGGAAAGCAAAGGACAAUUGAGUGAAAAAGUGAAAAAGUUAGAACAGAGAAUAGCAUCGCUGCAGAAUGCAAAAUUCUUGCGGUGCAAAUUGUGCCAGAGGUUGACGAAGCGUUUGGAGCUUUUGAAUGAGAAAUUUCACAUUUUACUGCAAGAGAAACGAUCGAGGCUGCAAGAGCUUACAAAUAUUAGGCAAGAAGCAAUUGAAUUGGCGAUUUCAGAGAAGGACGCCAGAAUUGCUCAGUUGGAAGUUUCUGGUGCUAAGACACAGGAGCAAAUUGAGUCUUUAGAUCAAUUACGUAGUGAUAGGAAUAAAUUGAACAAUCGCUUAAAAGUAGAGUGUGAAAAUUCUUUGAGUUUGCUAUUAGAAUGUAGUUCCUUUGAGGAAGAGCUUUCAAAUUUAUUCUUUAUCGAGGAUCCAACUUACGAUGAUUUCGGGUAGGAAGGAAAGACAAGAAGAAAAAAAAAGAAGGGAAAUCUAACAAUGGGUUGCCAACACUGAGAAAUGCAAUAAAAAAAUAUAGUCCGUUCCAUGUUAUUCCUGGCAACUCACAUCCUAUGCAAGGCAAUAGGAGAAAAGCAUACAAGAAAAAAACCUUUAAAGAAGAAAAAGAAUUUCAAGAUUUUCACAUAAAACAAAGAAAAUACUCAGCAACUAAAAAAAUCGACAAGAAAGAUAAGUAGAAAAAAAAUUAACAAGUAGAUAAAAUGUUAAUUUUUUUGUUAGUAGAAAUGAAAAGAAAAAAAAACAAAUAUUUUCAUCACUUUUUUCAAAUUCAUCUUUCAUGCAUUUUUUGCAUAAUUCUCAAAUCAUGCAAGAAAUGUCGUAUCAUUGAAUGUACAAAGUAAAAAAAAAACUUACAUUUUUCGUCAUUUUAUCUUCAUCUGUGAGAAUUUUUCUUCUCCCGUAGAUGAUUCAUUUCAUUUUAGACGAACAAUCACAUUGUAGCAUGAAUGAAAUUCAUUGUAUAUUUUUUACCAUACUUUUUUGUCAUCAUUUUAGAAUAACAUAAAAAAAAUAUUUAGAUGAGAGAACAAAGAAAAUUUAAGAAGAAAAAAAACUGAUUGUUGUGAGAAAUCAACCAUCAUUCUUUAUCAUUCCUCAAUCAUAUCAUAUUCUACAUCUUCAGAAGAUUCUUUUUAAAUUAAAUUUAUAUGUAAUAAUGAUUCCUUCCUCCUAACAUUUUCCCCAUUAUUCAUCCUCCAUCCCCCUCCCCCCUUCUCACUUUGAACAGAAGACAACCAUUUAUAAAAAAAAAAAUAUUCUCAAAAUUAUAUCCUCCUGAAUAUAUUUACAAAACACAACCUCAACAAAAACAAGAAGAAGAAAGAAACAUUAUCUCUACACAAGAUGGAAAAGGAAAACCUUUAAAAUAUAUAGUUAAGUCGUAUUAUUCUAUUUAUGUAAAAAUGAAAUAAAAGAUGAAUGAAAAGAACCCAAAAGGAAAUAUUAAAGAAAAAAUCUAUUGAAUUGUAAAACCGAUUAUCAGUAUUAUUGUGAGAAACAAUUGAAAUGGCUAGAAAAAUAAAAGAAAAAUUAAUCAGAUAAAAAUGGGAGAAUUAUUUAAAAGAAAAAUCAUCUCCAUUGUGGAGAAAACUUAAAAGAAAAACUUUUGGCUGAGAAAUGAUACACACACAAAAAAAGGACGAUAGAAGAGUUUAAUUAACCAGAAAGGAAAUACGAAGAAAAUCGCAGAGGAAAAGGCAUUGAAAACACAUUAUAUAGACAAUAAUUGAAAACAAUUAAAAAGUGGACAUAAAAUAUUACUAUUUUAGCCAUCACAGAACGUAAAGAAAAUUAAUAAUUUGUUGUUAAAAAGAAAUCAAUGUGAAAAAUCCGAAAUGUUAAAUAAAUUUCUCAAUUUCACAGAGAAUUUUAUUCAAAAGGAAAAAUAAAUCUGUGUAAAUAGUUGUGCGAUGGUAAAUGUUUGUAAAUUGUGUUUGUUGUCCAUUUCAUUCAAAUUAUCUUUCUUUAUCUAUCUUUUAUUUUUGAAAUAUCUCAAAAAAAGUAUUUCCACAUCGUCUCGUGAAAUACUUUUUUCCGCAGUAAUCUUGCCAUUAAUCUAGGAAGAGGAAAAUGUGAAAAUUUCCCUGAAGAAAUAUCACGUGAUUAGUGUAGGAUUACAUAUAAUGAAAAAAAAAACAUUGCGUGCUUGGAUAAUUAAUUUCUCUGUGUCUAUUUUAUAUAGUUUAGAAACAAAAACAAAAUAAAAAAAAAGAAUGCAAAAAUUGACCCAGAUAUGCCCAAGAAUUUUUUUUCUGACUUUGUCAUCUCAUAUUUAAUUUUUCCUGAAAAUAUUAAAAGAUUAAUUUGCUUAGAAUUAAUAAAAGUAUUUGGAGAAUCAAAUAGAUUAAUUGCUUAGGACGUUCUAAGCCAAAAAGAUUAGUUAUCAAUAUUCGAAAUUAGAUAAUAUUCAGCAACUUUCCCAGGAUGGUUUUUAAUUCUAAAUUUCAGAAAUUAUACGCUAGGCAUAUCUGGGUUAACGAUGACUAUACACAAGAAGAAAACAUUUAACACGAAUAUUCUGUAAAUCAAUCGGUAAUUUAUAUAUUUUUUUUAUUUUAAAGCGUUUUCUUAUUAAUUUUUGCUUCAACAAUUAAAGAAAUAAUUUCAAAUUUAUAUGAAAUUCAUUCUUUGAAAAUUUGACCCACUGCACUGUAAAUUAUACAAAGAUCCUUAACAAGUUUUCCCUUUAAAAAGAAAUCUGAAAAUUUUUCGUGUUUAAUUUUGCAAAUUAAUUCAUUUUGCAAAGGAGGAUUAAAAUAACAAAAAAUCACCUACAUUUUGCACUUCACUGAAAACAACCUUUAAAUACAAAGCAUCCAUGAAAGAAUGAAUGGAAUAAAUUGUGUGUGAUUUGUGUGAAAAAAAGAUCUAGGAAUUAUUCGAAAAAUAAAACCUUGUUAAUGUUGUAAUUGUUGACUAAAAAGAACAAAAAAAAUAUCACGAAGCCACUAAAUAGAAAAAUAGAUAAUUUUCUUAAAAAAAGGUUUUCUUCUAUUUCUUUGUAAAUUAAUUUUAUAAAGCAAAUGUGUUUAGUUUGCAGAAGAAAAAUAAAUAGUAUUAAUUAGGAAAGAAAAUAUUUUAUUAGAUAGAUUUUUUUUUAAAUAAAAAAUGUUGUUUAGAAAAAUUCAUGACACAAUGAAAUAGAAAGAAAAAUAUUUAAACGUUUAAUAUUGUUGAUAAAAUUGUUUAUUUUGUCAUGUUAAAUGUUUUUUUUUAACAAUUUUAUUUAAAGAAAUAAAAAAAUUUUUAAAAAUCCACAACUUACUGAUUCAAAGUAAGAAAAUUUAGACAAGGCUUAUAAAAAUGAAUAAAAAAAUAAGAAUUUAGGUCAUUUUUAGCAUUUUAUCAUUGAAGGACAAAUUAGAGAUUACACCAAGAAGUAAAAAAAAUUAAAUUCUCAUUAAGGGUACCUCCUAAAGGAAAAAAAAAGAAUAAUUCGACCAAAUGUUAUUUAGUAAGCAAAAUGAAAAUGGUAAAAAAAAAUCCACUUGGAUGGAAUUUUAAAUGUAUAACGAUUAAAGAAUUUGUUCAUAAAAUAGCAAUCAUGAAAAUUUUAUCCUUUAUCUGAAUUAAAUUACCUACCCUCAAAAAAAUCAAUCCAUUGAAUGCAAAUUCAUUGUAGAAUUUAAAAAAAAAUGCUCUCACGUAUCAUUGUCAUUGCUCUCAUGUAUAAAAAAAAUGAAUCCUAUUAAUAAAAAAAUUGGAUAAAAUUGAAGAAAAUAAAUUAUAUAAAAAUUAAAUCAAUCUCUGCGCUGUAUAAAUUAAAUCUCAUGUAUUUUUAACAAUUUAUUAAUUGAGCGAUUUAUUGUGAAAAAAAAAGAUUAAUUUUUAUUUAUCAGACUUAAUGAAAAAAGUGGAUUAUCCAAUUUCUAUGAAAAAGAAAAUUUAAAAAUAUAUUUAAAAAAAUUGAAUUAUUUUGUAAAAUACUGCCUUCAAACGCUUUUUACAAUGUACAGUUGAUUAUGAUGGGAAAAAAGAUGAUAAAAAAGGAAAUUUAAUGAAAAUAUACCUAUUAGCUUUGCAUAAUAAAAAAAAAUCAUUUUUCAUUGCGAAAAGAAAAACUUCUAGCAAGAAUAAUAUAAUUAACAUGAAAAUUAAUAAACAAAAAUAAAUACAUUGUGAAACGGCACAACAGAAAUGAGAUUAAAUUGAUGGGAAAUUGACGUGGGUGGAAGUGACUUCCUCUUCAGUGGAAGCCUUCCUUUGAGAAAAAAUUAAAAAAUUAAAUAAAAAAUACUGAAUGUGUUGAAAAAAAAAUUGCCGAGGACAGAAAAGAUCUAGUUAUGUGUUCAGUAAAUUAAGAAUUAAAGAAAACUUCUGAAAAAAAAAUGUAAUCAGUGUGUGAAAAAAAAACUCUAGUCGAUCAAAUAAGAAUUCCUUACAAAAAAAAAUUCAAACAUCUUUUUCAAAUCUAAUUCUCUCAUUAAAAUAAAAAAAAACUUAUCCUUGCGUAAAAAGGAAGAUGAAGAAACAUACAAAAUGAUUAAAAUACUGUUACCUAUCGUAUAUCACACAUAUCUCUAAAAAGAAUGAUAAACAAAGAAGUAUUUAGAAGAAAAAAAAAAUAAACCAAAAAUCAUUACACGCGGUGGCAUUAAAUUCUACAUUUAAACAAAUAAUGAAAAAAAAAAAACAUUAAAUAGUGUGAAAUAAAAAAAAAUGUUAGAGGAGUAGAUGGUGUAAGAAAAAAAUGGAAAACUUACUGUAACAAUUUACAAAGAAAAGAAAAUUGUUACUUUUACGACUUGAUAAUUUUUAUACUUUGACAUACUCUCUCAAGUUCUUCGAGUUUUCGGUUCCAAAAGUUAAGAAAAAUUAAAACAAAAAAUAGUGAAUCCGUAAAUUAUUUGAUAAUAAAAAUUAAUAAAAAAUAAAUCACAAAUGACAUUUAAAAAAAAAGAGAAGAGAAAAAACUAUACAACUAGUGGAUGAAAGUGGUGAAAAUAAUAUAAUAUUAUUGAUAUUAUUAUACAAUUAAAAAAGUAUAUUAAAUUAAAAUGAAGGAAACAAAUAAGAAAAUAUACAUUUAACUCUAUAUAUACAUUACAUGAUGGAGAUGAUGAAUAAUUGAGAUUAUACAUGAUCGAUUGCUAAUUUAUUGUGUGCAGAAAUAGUUAAACGAAAAUAAAAUGUUAAUAUUAUUGUA